ACUCCCUUCUCCCUCCCCCGGCUCCGGGUGCUCCCAACUGCCAGCACCUGCUGCCAGGCAGCCGCGGGAAUGGCGAGCCGCGGGGCCGCGGCGGUGACGAGAGCAGCGGUUCCGCCAUUGGCCGAGGAGGCCUGAGGGACGGGCCAGCUCGGUGCACAACGAGAGACCGAGGCGAGUGGCCCCGAGAGAGCGAGGGCAAUGGAGGCCAACAUGCCGAAGCGGAAGGAGCCGGGCAAGUCCCUCCGCAUCAAAGUCAUCUCCAUGGGCAACGCCGAAGUGGGGAAAAGCUGUAUUAUAAAGCGGUACUGUGAGAAAAGAUUUGUGUCUAAAUACCUUGCAACAAUUGGAAUUGACUAUGGAGUAACAAAGGUACAAGUCAGAGACAGAGAAAUCAAAGUUAACAUCUUUGAUAUGGCUGGACAUCCCUUCUUCUAUGAGGUUCGGAAUGAGUUUUACAAGGACACACAGGGCGUGAUUCUGGUGUAUGACGUUGGGCAGAAGGACUCAUUUGAAGCCCUCGAUGCGUGGCUGGCCGAAAUGAAGCAAGAGCUCGGGCCUCAUGGGAAUAUGGAGAAUAUUAUAUUUGUCGUGUGUGCCAACAAGAUCGACUGCACCAAGCACCGCUGCAUAGAUGAAAGUGAAGGGCGUCUCUGGGCUGAAAGCAAAGGGUUCCUGUACUUUGAAACUUCAGCACAAACUGGAGAGGGGAUCAAUGAGAUGUUCCAGACCUUUUACGUGUCCAUCGUUGAUUUAUGUGAAAAUGGCGGGAAGCGUCCGACCACAAAUGCAAGCGCUAGUUUCACCAAAGAGCAAGCAGACACCAUCCGCAGAAUUCGAAAUAGUAAAGACAGCUGGGACAUGCUGGGUGUCAAGCCUGGGGCCUCAAGGGAUGAAGUCAACAAAGCAUAUCGGAAACUCGCCGUGCUUCUUCACCCUGACAAGUGUGUGGCACCGGGGAGCGAAGAUGCCUUCAAAGCCGUUGUGAAUGCCCGGACAGCCCUCCUGAAAAACAUCAAAUAGCGAGGAGAGACAGGCCAGCGUGGGACCCAAGUGCAAACAGACUUUCCCUCGAGGGGAUCUAGCCACCAUGGCUUUUCCCUUCACAAACUCUCACUGCUCUCGUCACUCUUAUCUUGUCACGUAUAAAUCAGUAAUCCAGGGGCCUGUUACCACCUCGCAGACAUAUUACAGAACGCCCGCAUUUGUGUGAAGGGACAAGACCCAAGCAUCGCUUGUACUGGACUCCACGUCAUAUUCUAGAUAGUCUGAACGCUUCCCAUUCAUUCAUAAGCCCGUUCGUUAACAGUAGUUAACGACCUCUCCAUUGGCAGACUCCACCAGGCUUCUGGAGAGGGAGGGCAGGAGGGUCCUUUUACUUUCUCGUUUUUUAAAAGUUCAUCACAGAAACAACAAAACCAGAAGCGGACAACAUGCGAAAACCUGAAAGUCUGGCAUGCCCCGAGAAGCAAGUCACUGCUUUGUGACGAGGGCCUAAGGUCCAGCUCUAAGUGAGCCUCUGGGCGGCCCUUCGGAGGUGGUGACAUGAGGCCACAGGAAGCCCCUUUCUGACGUUCACUCUGCUCCUCCUCUCCAGCCACCGGGGGAGAACCAAGCCAGUCCUAAGGAAAAGGCGGUGGCAGCGGCAGGUCUGGUCCCCCAGCUGCUGCUCACCUUGGCCCAGACCUGAGACCUUUCCCUUGCCGUAGAAGCGGUUGCCCAUAGUGUAGAGAGCCGUGCACCUGGGUGCGAGGAGUCAGACCCCGAGACAGAGGACAACCUGCAGGUCACACCUGGAGAUUGCAACACACCCCAGAGAAGGAGGUGUGCUGGACUGUUCUUACUCGGCUGCAGCCAGCAGGUGGGAAAAGCCGAGUGCUCCUCAGUGAGCCGGGCCUCUUCCUCGCUUCCUCCGCAGUGUCAUUCCCUCUCUCUUUUUCCCCUCUUGUUUUGUUUUGUGCCCUGCAUCUGCCAACACUUGUCUCUUCAGUCUCUGACUUCCAGCCAUUGCCUCCUCCAUCUUUUCUUCCAGCCUUGACCUGGGCCUGCUCUGCCAGAGACAAGUUUGGACCCAUUUGGGGGUAGGGGUGGGGUGGCAUGUAAUCCUAAGGCCUUUGCAGGGAGGACUCUGUAAUUUCCGGUUGGGCUCCAGGGUUCUAAAGAGCAGUAUUUUUAAACUUCAGGUUGCCAUUGUAUCUUCCUUGGAGUAGAAGAGAUGGAUGACGAUGGCUCUUAGGCCUGGCUAGGUUCUCAGGGCGCUUCACACAUUCUAUCCUCGCUCUCAUGAUGUUACCCCUAUUUUUAGCUGCAACUACCCCACACUUAGUGGAGCUUUAAAAUCUAUCAGAUGUUACUGUCCUGUGGAUUUUCAAUAGCUAUUGCACAUCAAUUGCCAAAUAGCAUCCACCGUCCCACCUAGGAAGAACCACUUUCUUAUCGUGCAGGGCCCAGAAGUCUUCAGAUUUUCCUCCUUUCCCAAAGCAGUGUCACUUUACAUGAUGCUAUCAGGCUGCACUGAGCUCGUUGUCCAGGAACCAGAGUGGUGGUGUGAACGUGUUUUUUAUAAUUUUUUUUAAAUUUAUUAUUAUUAUUAUUAUUAUUAUUUAAUUUAGCCAGAAAAAAAGACAGAGAGAGAGGGAACGUGAGAAAGCAAGCUGCCAGGUCCAGGUCUCGAACUGUGGUCAGCUCUGCAGGAAUUCAGCACUGUAAUCACCCUGCCACCUGCCAACCAGAGCAAACUCCUGUUUUCUUGCAAUAGGAGUUUUUACCUUAAUAUUAAAAAUACUUUUGUUUUUGGUUAUUUUUUAAGAAAUUAAGAUCUGAUAAAUGAUUUCUUGUGAGAUUUUCUUCUGACCUUUUAACUAGAUUGUGAGACUGCAGAACUAACCGAAAAUUCUUUGGGACCUAAAUUUUGUUAAGGUCUUCAUGAGCCCUCGAGUACUGAAAAAUAGAUUUGCUCUUGCAACAGAAUGUAGGUGUCAUAUGAAUGGGGAUUGUGCUUGUUAGUGUCAGCCCAAAUUGAUGUGACAGCUCCCUGAGGGUGUGGCCUUGUAUCAACGCUGGUACCAGUUUUCAUCACUGUUAUAAACUAUUAGAUCUGUCACCUCAUUCAGCUACAGUGUGCAGUUAGAGCAGAGAGUGCUUUGGUACUUCCAUUCAUAUACUGUGAUUUGUUGACAUUUAAUCUGAGCUUGAUUCUUAGAUCUUGGGACUUGGUUUCCAGACUUUUAUUAUUAACGUUAAGGCUGGCCCCAUACUAGUCUAUUUAUGUAAAGGAAAUAAAAUAAGAACGUUAAGCUCCAGGGUCCUAGAAUUUUUCUGAUUUUCAUAAUCCUUCAGAAUAUUAAGAAAUAAUAAAGCAUGAUUUGCAAGGAAAAGGUUUUUUGGCCCUAACUUCAUGCAGAACUUUAUACCUCUAUGCAUUAUUUUAAAUUCUUGGUACAAAUGUAUGCUUUGUAGUUCAACCUUAUUAAAUAUUCUUCAGCCAAUUAGGAUUUCAAAAUUCAUCAGUGAGAGUAUAACUAGCAGAAUAACUUUAGUGGCUUUUAAAAAAAAAACCUGUUAUAAUCUCAUUUCUCAAGAAAGAAUGAAAAGUUUGAACAGCCGUCAUAAAGGAAAGCCAUGUCUUCCACAGCUGAGUCACCAAGAAGUAACACUUUUUUAAAAUCAUUAGAAAUCCCUGAGGCAUUUCACAGUAAUUACCCAACCUACCUAAGCACUUUAAAAUACAGCCUGCUGUUCCUCUGUUCUGCUUCUGCACCUCCUUUCGAAUUGAUACUCCCAAGUGUCAGUAUUUCUUUUAUUUCAACAUUCCCUCUCUCUUUCUCUCUCUUUUCCUUCCUAUAAUGUCUUUGAUUUUAUUAGCCUGUUAAUUUAAAAAUCCACAUUGGGGGAUCAUUGUGUUGCUACUCAAGGCAAGUGGCUUCACUCUGUAGCAGGCACACCUUCCUUUAAACUCAUGUUUGCCUUAGAAAACAUACUCUAGGAGUGAGUGCGGUUUUAUGCAUUGGAUUUUCAACUGGUAAAUAUUUCUUUAAACCUGUAAUUUCUUGUUGUACCUGACCCGUUCACUCCUAAUUCAAUGAGCCAGAGAUAAGGCAACUACAUUUUUGAAAGAUAGCAGCCAGAGUUAGAAGCAGCCCCUGCAAGUUCUGAAUCAGGAGAGAAGUAGAUGUUCCUUCUAAAACAAUGACAGAAUCACAAAGGGGGGAAAGGGGAGUGUUUCUGUCUGAAGUUGGACAAGGUGGAGCUGUUAGGCACACACUGCCCCUGACAGUGACAGUACCCGGCCUACGCAUGUUUGUUGUAGGCCUGUAGGUGGGGUAAUGUCACAUCCUUCACUGUGCCCCACCCCUGCAGUUCAUUGUCAGUCUGCCAAUGUUUUUGCAAUACUUAAAAAUGAAUUGAGCUGCAAAAUGGAGCUAAACUUCCACUGCAAGUUUUGCAAAGUGAAGAGAGGUUCGUGGUCUUCGUAAUUGGUGUUUAGCACAAUUACGAGACACAGUCAAUACUGUUUGUACAUUGGUUUUUCCAUUAGGCAUUUGUAGAGAAGACAGAAUUUCUACUUGUGGAUAAGUGAGAUUGUGUCUAACAAGCAGUGCAAUUUUAAACUGUGCAAUCAAGCCCCGUUGGGGGGAUUCUGUUUGGUGGAAAGUUGGACAGUCUGGGUUACUGUCCUUCAUCAACUGCUCCCUGGGCAUUCUUACCCUUGGACUGUGAGUGCAGAGUCUAUAAAUAAGCCCUUCACUCUUAUAAGGUAAUUUACAUAUUUGCUUUCUGUUGAAAUAACUGCAAAUGUUUAAUUAACCAGUUGUUUAUGUCUUGUAUACAGAGUGCCAUAUGUAUUUAAGUUGUGUAUUUUUAUAAAGUAAAGCCAAAUGUCAGA